UUGUGCAACACUUUAAUCGUCUUUCAACCAAGAUGGAUUCCGACUGUGACUCCGCCUGCAGCCGCUCCUCAUCCCCGGACCUGGUGGUUGAUGACUCAGCAGGGAGCUUCUUCUCCAACAAGAUGUUCCAGACAUACUGCCAAGAAAACAGAGCAGACAGCGAGGCCGACCAGGGCAGGACAGAGCACUGCAGCGGGGGCGAUAAGACCAAGGCCAGGUCUGAGCUCAAUACGAAUGAUGGGCAAGACCUGAGACUGAAAGUGAAUAGUCGUGAGCGGAAAAGGAUGCACGAUCUGAACCAGGCGAUGGACAGCCUGAGAGAGGUCAUGCCCUACGCUCAUGGACCUUCAGUCCGCAAGCUGUCCAAAAUCUCCACUUUGAUGUUAGCUCGCAACUACAUCCUCAUGCUGUCCAGCUCCUUGGAUGAGAUGAAGAAAUUGGUGGGGGAUGUUUAUGGAGGCAGUGCUGCCAUCCAGAGCCGAACUGCUGCCCACGCAGCUAUCACCCCUGCAGCCCCCACUGCCCACCUGCCUCUGCAUCAUCUGGCACACUCUCUGCACUCUCUGGUGGCCAGCACGCCUUCAGCUCUCCAGCAUCACUCACCUUCUCCCGCCACAGCCUUGCACUCGCCUCCAUCCGCCAGCUUCCUGGGUUUCCACGCUCCAGUCCAGGGCCUGCUGAAGGACCCCCUUCACUUGGCCGGCUCCUAUAGGCACUUCCCCGGCAUGCCUUGCCCCUGCUCGCUCUGCCAGCCUUUGCCCACCACUACCUCCACAUUACAUAGCCUGUCUAUGAUCAAGUGAGCGGGACUCUCUUAAAAAACUGACCUCUGCUGCUUGGAUCAAAGCAAUGAGCCAACAGCUCAUAUAAGAUUGUUAAAAAAAACUGCUAAAAUGAUUGCUGGUGCCAGAGCUUGUACAUACUGUAUAUAUUUUCUGCCAUGGGAACUGCUGCUAUUUUGUCUCAAUUGUCUCCACUGCAUUGUUUAUACAGAA